AUGCUUGAGGCUGAUGAAAUAGCCGAGGCAGCGGAGGAUGCUGAGGUCACCGUCGAAGAUGGCAGAAACGAGGUUGGAUCGAAGCGUCAGAGCUUGCUCCGUAUGGAUCCGUGCAUGGAUAAACACUGUGGCGCAGGACGAGUUUGCAAGGCCAUCGACGAAGACACCGCCGAGUGUGUUUGCGUUGAGGUAUGCGACGAAGAGGUCGAUCCUAGGCGAAAAGUUUGCACUAAUCACAAUGAAACUUUCGGAAGCGAUUGCGAGGUUUACCAGGCGCGUUGUUUCUGCGACUCCGGCGACGCCAGAUGCAGAAACGCCGAAAAGUAUCAACACGUUCACGUCGUAUACUUCGGUGAAUGCCGAGAGAUGCCUGAGUGCAAAAAGGAAGACAUGGCUGACUUCCCAAGGCGAAUGCGAGACUGGCUGUUUAAUAUCAUGAGAGAUCUUGCUGAUCGUCAAGAAUUACCAUCGCAUUAUCUGAAAAUGCAACGGGAAGCUGAAACAAAUCAUACAUUGCGUUGGACUAACGCCGCUAUCUGGAAAUGGUGCGACUUAGACGGUCACCCUCAUGACAGAGCUGUUUCCAGACACGAACUUUUCCCCAUUAAAGCACCUUUGAUGGCUCUCGAGCAUUGUAUUGCACCGUUCCUCGACUCCUGCGACAGAGACAAUGACCAUAAAAUUACCCUUAUCGAGUGGGGCAAAUGUUUAGAGCUUAACGAGGAGGAUUUGGAGGAUAAGUGCGACGAACUGGCCGAAACAAAGAAGUCCGAGCAAUACUAA